AUGAGCUCUCAGAUCGCGAGUAAGGUGAGUUACUGCGGUAUCAGCUGCCGUCUCGUGCCCACAUUGGGUCAUGCGACCAACGUUCGCUGAAUUUGACGGCUAACCGAGUGCUACGAAAACAGAACCUCUACGAGCUCCUGGGUACGCCGACACCACCGCACCUCGACCCUUUCAUCAACGGGCAUGUCGACUGACGCACACAACUAGGCAACGACCCGGAGCUCGACCCGGACAGGGAGCCCGAGCCGCCCACGAAGGUCAUCGACAAGCCCGUCCAGCGUGCCGGCAAGCGCAAUGCCGGCGCAGAGGGCCCAGCACGAGACGCUCCUCGACCAGCAGGUGGCGGGCGCGGCGGUUACCAGCAGACAUUCACAAGAGGAGACCAAGGUUCGUGAACACAAACAGCAAACAAGGCUCUCAAGAAGACGCCCAUCGCUGCGCUUCAGAUUUUCACAGUUCGGAUCCGGGCUGACGAAUUGUUGUAGCCGGUUCCUUGAACAACCGUGCCGAGAACCGCGACGACGGUGUCCGUUCUGACCGCCACUCUAACCGCACGAGAGGUAUGCAUUGCAAGAAAUUGUCACACGGCCACUCGCUGACACCUACACAGAGCCACGCGAGUUCCGUGGAGAUGGUCGCGGCCGUGGACGUGGCAGUCGUGGACGAGGCGGGCGCGGAGGUGCUCCACGCGACGAUCGUCACAGUCACACCGGUAUCGGGUAUGUUGCAAAGUGUCGCACGCUGUAUGACGGGCCACUAAUUCCUGUUCAGCGAGCACGACAAGCAAGCAGCUAAGGGCUGGGGUGCUGAGGACGGCAACGCCGAGUGGGCCGACGAGCGGGCUGGCGAUGCCAUUGCCAACGCUGAAGCAAAGAACGACGCUGGUUUCACUCCCGAUACUGCCGGACGGGACCCGGCUUUCAGCAACGGUCCAGACGGCGAGACUGCCGCUGAAGAUGUUUCCGCUGAGCCAGAGGAGAAGACCAAAUCCUACGACGAGUACAUUGCGGAGCUUGCUGAGAAGCGCCUGGCCCUCGGUGGCAACCUGAACGUGCGCAAAGCCAAUGAAGGAUCCUCCCAGAAGUUCCCUGAGGGCAAAGCCUUCAGCCGUGCUGAGGAGGAUGAGAACUUCAUUGCUGGCUCUGGUGGCAAGGCCAAGAAGGCGAAGGAGUUGCAAGACAAGAAGGAGCGUGUCACUCUCGACGGCCAGUACUACGCCGCCGCUGACUCUGGCGAGCGUGGAGGACGCGGCCGAGGUCGCGGUGGACGCGGUGGACGUGGCGAGUUCAGGGGUGAUCGUCCUCGCGGUGGUGCUCGCGGCCGGGGCGACUCUAGAGGAGGCGCUCGCGGAGAUCGCGGUGACCGUCGCGAACCUGGUGGCGCUCCACGAGGAGGCAUCAACGCGAAGGACGAAACCGCGUUCCCGGCACUUGGCGCCUAA